UACUCUUUCCCUUGGUUGGUAUGGAUUAUUUCUCACUAAUAGAAAUGCAUUCGGACUACAGAUCAUGUGGUGCUUAGCUUAGCCAUAAAGCAAUGUUCAUGUUUCUUUCAGUCUUGCCGCCAUUUCAAUUGCUUACUCUGUACCGGAUCAACCAUUCUAGGGUUUCGCAUUUGGCGGGAGACCAAAGGACGCGAUAGAUUGAAUGGCGAACAGAUUAAUUAAUCAGAUGGGAUUACCCAGGUCGAUUGCUAACAUUUUUGCUGCUCGAAAUAUUAACACAGCCAAGGAGGCUUUAUCUUUAACUGAAUUUGAGUUGAUGGAGUUAUUGGACGUGGGAUUGUCGGAAGUUGCAUCCGCAGUUGCACACAUUAGUGAAAUUGCUUCUCCUCCUUAUCAGACCGCGCUUUCUCUGAUGGAGCAAAGACUUCAAAACGAGCAUUUAGCUGGCCAUCUUUCCACAUGUUUAAAAGGUUUAGAUGAGGCCUUAUUUGGUGGAAUUCCAUUUGGUGUCCUGACAGAACUUGUUGGUCCAGCUGGAAUUGGCAAAACGCAAUUUUGCUUGAAACUCUCUUUCUUGGCUGCUUUACCACCGAGCUACGGAGGUUUGGAUGGCCGUGUAAUAUAUAUUGAUGUAGAAUCUAAGUUUAGUUCCAAAAGGAUGAUUGAAAUUGGUAUGAGAAGCUUUCCUGAUGUAUUUAACAAGAAAGACAUGGCACAAGAGAUGGCUGGUAGGAUCCUUGUUUUGCGGCCAGCAUCACUUUCUGAAUUCACUGAGAGUCUGCACAAAAUCAAGGUUUCACUUCUUGAGCAAGAAGUAAAGCUAGUAAUCAUUGAUAGCAUGGCUGCUCUUAUUACUGGGGAGUAUGAGCUAGGGGCACCCAAACAGCAUUCAUUGGGUUGGCAUAUUUCUUUUAUCAAGUCAAUUGCUGAGUUUGCACGAAUUCCAGUAGUCGUGACAAAUCAAGUAAGAUCCCGAAACAGGAAAGAGGUCUCCCAUUAUUCUUUUCAAGGAUGGAGCAGGAGUGAAUGUCAGGAAUAUUCUUCAGGAUAUGGUUCUCAUAUUGUUGCUGCUUUGGGUGUUCAUUGGGCUCAUUCUGUGACAAUCCGUUUGGUGCUUGAAGCAAAAUCUGGUCAGAGGUUUAUAAAGCUUGCGAAGUCUCCCAUGUCUCCACCUCUAGCCUUCCCAUUCACAAUAACCGCAUCAGGUAUUUCAUUGCUGAGCAACAAUGGAGAAGAACUGAGUGGAGCAGAAAUCAACGAGAUUCAUUGUCAAGGACACAGUGAUAUUAUCAGCAAUCACUUAGGAAAGCAUCAGUGACCAUUGCCACUCAAAUGCGAUUGGGACUGCUUAAAUCCCAGGCUUCUCAUGCAUAAAAAGGCUUAUGCUGAAUUGGUGGCUUCCUGUUGUUUAUGGAUAUGUUUGCAGGAUAGCUUAGAACUAACCAGCAGAACCUGGAGGAUGGAAGGGAUAUCCAAGCUGCGGAUGAUUUUUGUUGAGAGGAAUUGACUACCUUAGUUUCUUUAGUGAUAACAAUUAGUGGAAACUGGAAAGUACAUGCAGGACUAAAGUUUCUUAGCGAUAAAAAUGCUUAGAAAGUACAGGUAGGAUGUCAUAUUGGUUCAUUAAUAUGCUAGGACAGGGCCGCCUGGAAGUUGAUCGCCCUUCCUCGAGCUCCUAAUUGAAAGGAAAAGCGGAUGCCUGCCAUCUGCUACCAUUGUGGUUUGGCCCACCCUUUCUUUGAACCUUGUAAUGGCACAUCGUGACAUUUACCUAUGUCCAUUGAAACUCUAUAGAUUAUGGAAUAUGUUCUGAAAAUUUUAAAUUAUGCCCCUGAAA